AUGAACGGCUGUGCGCGAGCCGGGCAGUGGCAGCUCUGCCUGGAGCUCCUGUGCGGCAUGGGCCUGCGGCGCCUGGCGUGCGAUGACGCCAGCUUCAGCACUGCCAUCGUUGCCGUGGGCACUCAGUGGCAGCAGGCCCUCGCCCUUUUGGAGAGCGCGGUGGAGACUUUGGGCGUUGCAGGAGCACUGCCUCCGCCCGAAGCGCCGCGGCCGCGGCGCUGUGCCGCGCCCCGUGGCGCGCGGCGCUGCGCGCGGCGGACGCGGCGGACGCGGCGCGCUUGGGGGCUGCGCUGA